UCCACUAGCAACGCCGUAACAGCGGGCCGGGGCCGGGCCCUUCCGCUCCCGGUGCCGCACGAGGGAAGGGUCGGGGCAGUGCCGGGAGGCUAAGUUUAUUCACAUAAUGGAUACACACAUCAGGAAAAUGGCAUGGUUGUUGGAAAACGAUCAAUAUUUGGAAAAAAUUGGGUUGACAAAAUUCCAUCAACAGGGUGAUCAUCCACCAGGGCAAAAUUUUGCUGUGCCUCCUCUAGGACCAGAUAAUGCAUUGCUGGGAACACAUGGCAGCAAGACACAAGAUGUGCUGAGAGAACAAAUGAAGAAAACACAGUCUCAAAAGGUCCAAACAACAGAAGAAUGGAUAAAAAGCUACAGCUUGGAAUCUUUGCAAUUAACAUUAGAGUAUCUGUGCUCCAGGAAUUCAGGAAAUGGUGAAGUGAUGGAGUUUACAGAGGAGACUGUUGCUGAUUUUGAAUCCAGGCUCUCUGAAGUGAUUGAACUCUAUCAGCACCGAAUUCAGUGGCUGCUGCAGGACUGCAGAAAGGUGUUCGGUGUCAUAAAAGGAACUAAAGUUGGACUUUUGGUUGAUGUGUCUCAUUUGAGUUAUGGACCUAGACUCUUGGAUUUUCAGAAGAACCUUUUGUGCUUAAUAGAUGAGCAGCUUUGUUAUAAGAAGGAAUUGUACUGCCUCUCAUUCAGUGCAGACAUUUCACCACUGUGGGAGAGUCCAAAAACCAUCAAUGUCCAUGUGCUGCAUGAAGCAAGACAGUGGGUGCAAGAGCUGGAGCCUGGUCGAGGCUGCAAUUUGCUGAAAGCCUUGAGGCAUGUCCUUCCCAUGAGAGACCUGAAUUCCCUGGUCCUUAUUGUAGGAAGCUGCCCUGACCAGUCUUUUGAAAUAUUAUGUGAUUAUGCUCAGCAGUGUACACUGGGGAGAAAAGUGCAGAUUCACACUGUUACAUAUGAUUGCAGCAGCCCUGCUUCCCUUGCAGUUCUAAAGAGCCUUGCAGAAGCUGUAGGAGGCCGUUAUCAUUGCUACUCUUCCCAGGGAGAGAAUUUUGAUAGCAGUGAUUUUCAUCUGCUACUUCAGGAAUGCCAGAAGGCCAAGGACCUACUCAACAGCAUCAAACAGAGAUUUCAAAGAAGAGUUGGUGGCUUGCUUGGUAAUAAAAGAGCAGAUGUUUCCACAGCAUUUGCAAAUUCAGCACCUUCCAGCUUCUUCCCAAAGCCUCCAAAGCACAAAGCACCAUUAGUUAUUCAAACACCAGGCAUCCUGGCCAAAACCUCAGCAGACUGGUUAAAGACCUAUGGAUUGAAAGCUAAAAAGUUAGACCUUUAUCAAGUUCUGGCUCCCAAUGCUUUCUCUCCUGUGGAAGAUUUUGUACCUAUUCUUAAAAAAACAGUGUCAUCAACUCUGCAUGAGAAAGUGAUGAUGCAGUUUGAGUGGUAUGAUGGAACUGUAAAAAACAUCCAUGUUGACCUGCUAGUAUUGUACAACUAUCAGAAAGUCCUUGCUAAAAUGGUAAAAAUCUAUGAGAAACGAAUUGACUGGCUAUCUGUUGCUAGCAGAAGAAUAUGGGGAAGUGUUUGUGAAAGAAGGGUGGUUGUACUUGUUGAUAUAUCAGUGACAAACUGCACCUACAUCUCUCAUAUCCAACAUUGUUUGCGACUUUUGCUUGAGGAACAAAUGUCAAAUAAGGAUUGCUUCAAUAUUAUAGCAUUUGGGAGUGACAUUGUGCCUUGGCAGCAGGAACUGUGUCCUUCCCAGCCAGAAAACUUAGAAAAGGCUUGGAGGUGGGUGUUGAGCUUGGAGUGCAAGGGCAGUAGAAAUCUCAUGAGUGCACUCAGAAGAGCUGUGGAAGUUGACUUCAAAGACAAAGAUAAACACAAAUCCCAGGGACUCUACCUGCUGACUACUGGAAUACCUGAUCAGGAAACACACACAAUCAGUGCUUAUGUGGCUGAGGCUUGUGGAGGUUUGGAUUUGCAGCUCCAUGUGUGUCUGUUCAGUGUACCAGAGGGCACUGAGAUUAUCCCAGCCCGCUAUGCCACCCCCAGGGAAACUGCCAGUGCUUUGAAAGAAAUUGUACAGGCAGCCAGUGGGAGGUUUCACUGGUUUGGAGAAGCAGGUAUUUUUGAAAGUGAUGAUAUUACCAGUAUUAUAUCUGAAAUGGAAAAAGCAAAGAACUACUCCCAAAAGUGUGCAUUCCUGGUGGAGUCCUUAAAGCAACGCUCAGGAAAUCAGUCUGUGAAACCCCUCACAGCAGAAGGAGACUCAAAUGUGCUUAUGAGGAAUGAGAAAAAAAACCCUCAGAAGGUGCCAUCUCCUAAAGCCACAGCUGUGCUUAAGGACGUUAAAGACAACCAUGGUGCAGAGAGAAACACUCCUGUAAGAGCACUGGCAUGGCGUCCUCCCAGUGCCAGAGCAGGAAUUCCACCAGCACAAACAGUAAAAGAAUGGCCUCAGACUGAGAAUAAAGGGAAGCACAAACCCAGGAAGCAGCCAGAGCUCUCUGUGUCUGCAUUUUACACUGAAGAAGGAAGAAAUGUGGGUACAAUAUAUCAGAGAUACCCCAAGGCAGUGUGUGUAAAAAAAUCUGUUUGCUCUGUCAAAUUGCCAGAGGAAGAGGAAAUCUGUUCAAGCAAAGAGUGGCUGACCAAGUACAGUAUUAAAAAGCUUAACCUGGAAUUGCCCAGGCUGAUGUUUGGUCCAAGCUGUACCCACCAGAAGACAACUGUGGAGUCUCUGCACAAGAAAGUCUCAGCAAAAUACUGUUCUAUCUUCCCCAGUGCAGAAAUCAAUGGGGUUGUGAAACAUGUGCAGUUUCAGCCCAGAGAGCUGGAAGCCUACAGAGAGCAGCUGGAGAAGGUGCUGCAGCGCUACCUGCAGAGAGUGCAGUGGCUUCUCUCAGGAAGCCGAAGAUGGUUUGGUACCAUUGUAGAAGCAAAUGUCUGUGUUCUGAUUGAUACAUCUGGUUCCAUGGGCCCAUACCUGCCACCUGUCACAAAAGAACUUACCUCCCUUAUCUGGGAACAGCUGAGAAAAAAUGAAGUCAGGUUUAACCUGCUGAGAUUUGCAGAAAAUACAGAGAGUUGGAAAGAGCAUCUUGUAGAGGCAACUGAUGAGAGCUGCCAUGACGCUGUGCAAUGGGCUGCCACCUGCCAUGCUCAUGGCAGCUCCUGCAUCCUUGCAGCUCUGCAGAAGGCUCUCAGUUUCCAAGGUGUAGAGGGACUGUAUCUAUUGACUGAUGGAAAACCAGACACCAGUUGCAGUCUGAUUUUGAAAGAAAUUGAAAGAUUGAUAAAGAAACAAGAUAUUAAAAUCCACACCAUUUGUUUUAACUGUGCAGACAGAGGAGCUGUUGAAUUCCUGAAGAAGCUUGCUUCCCAAACAGGAGGGCGCUUCCACUGCAGCUCUGGAGGUGAAGAUGGACAAUUAGCAGCACACAGAAUAUUGACAGAGGGGCUGGAGGAUGAAGAUAAUCCAGUUUUCCCUUACUUUGAAGGAGAUGAUCUAAAGAACCUUACUCAAGAAGUAGCAAAAGCUAGAAGUUUCUUAAAGCAGGCAAAAUCUUGGAGAUUAUUGCUUGAAAAAUGGAACACAAACCAAAAAGACAACUCUGGCUUCCAAAAAAAGUGUUCAGGAUUAAAUUUUAGAUGAAGAAAAGAUGCUGAAGAGGUUUGGAAUGAUACCAUUCACCUGCUUCUUUUCAAAGUGUGCUCACAUCUUCCAGCUGCAAGCAGAAAGAUGAUUUUUUUCUUUGUUGUCACAACUGCUGGCAAGACAAGAAGUUGCAGAUAAGUUCUGCACUCACUCCACUGGCAGAUUUUGCAGGAUUCAAAAUAAAUCAAGCCCUGAACUCUACAAAGUUUAAAUAUAAGUAGAGGAUAGUUUUCAGUAUAGCUAAUAGAAAUUUUUAAAGAGUAUGUAUCAGUGGUGAUACAGGAUCACAACUUUUGUUUCUCUUUUACUGCAUUGUAUUGAUAAUUUCUUCAAUUAGUUGCUGGUAUGUCUAAAUUGCCAUUUUUGUCUGUUGUUUGAAAAUUCUUUACUGAUGCUUAUUAUCCCUAACAGAUGGCUGUGAUGUUAGGAAGAUAAUUCUUUAUGCCAGUUUUGCAUAGAAAGUCCAAGAAAUAACAUUAGUGCAGAAAACAAAGCUUAUAAUUCAUGUUUUUACACAGAUAAGUUUUGCUAAUAAUUAUUUUGACUCUUUACUUUUUGUGUUGACAGUAAAGAAGAAUUUAGAGCUGGAUGAGACAUGCAAGAAAGUAAUACCCUGUUGCUGAUGUAGCCUGGUUGUGUUUUUAUAACCAGACACUGCCUAUCUUUUGAGCAAUUCUGUUCUUAUAUAUUUCCUGUCUAGAAAGAUUCAAAAUAUGUUUGCCAGUAUCAGUUGAUUUGUGAAAUAUGUUUGUUUUUUACUGAUUUCUGUAAUGACAGCUCACUAGUAUUUUGUAGAUCUUCACUGUUGUCUUUUAGAGUGUUAGAAAUUCAUCUCAGGUGUUUCAUAUAGAUAAUAUAAUAAAAAUGGAGUCAUACUUCAGGAUUAAGAUACUUGAUCUGCAUUUAUUCAGGAGCCAUUUGUUUCUCUUUCGUGCCACUGGAUAUGCUGUGAUAUGGGAAAUUGUGUCUUUUCUGUCCCUUUAUCUCUUUUGUCUCUAUAAAGAAUUAAAAAUUCUUCUAUCAUAAAUGUAUCUAUUUAAUGUUUUAUGCUCUGAAGCAGGUGACUCCUGCCUUCCAUGUUAGUGCCAGCCUUUCCUAGAAUGCUGCAGUUGAACUGGUGCUUUGUGCUGUGCAUCACUCUGUGAUUUUAUUUGUGGAUGUGUGUAACUGCUGAGAUGAUUUGAUAUGAAAAAUGUUAAUUGUAAAUUAAUAGGAUUGGUUACAUUUCUCUUUGGAAUAUAGAUGAUGAUCACUGAUCAAAUGAGGAUUUCUAUUAACAGAAAUGUUAAAACAGUAAAUCCAGGUAGAAAGGAUGAGCUUUCUGCAUUGCCAAAAAGAGUUUAUUUGUUUCUUGGAGGAUUUAAGAAAUGUCACAGUUCUGUAGCAUAGAGUCAUAUAUUCCUAUAAAAGUACUUUAAAAGAACUUAAAAGGAAACACACUUCUGCAGAUGUUAAAUGGUAUCAGAGGCUCUUUGCAAAGUAAGAUUAUAAUGAACAUGUUGGAUUUUGCAAAUGUGGAUAAACAUCAGAAUAUUUCAGUCUGUUGUGUUGGACUGCAAUGCUCAAAGCUCUCAUUUAGAGCCUUUCCCCUCCUGUACAAUAUUUGGUGUUCAGAGGUUUUACUCUAUCAGAACAAUUGCAUUUACAGAGUGUCUCCACUGGCUGAUUGUCAGUGGAUGUGUAACCCCAGUUUGGGGCAGCCUCCAUCAAUGCUCAUCACUGAGCUGUUUCUCUUGGCUUGCACUGGUUGUUUGUUUCUGGGCAGAGCACAGCACCUUUCCUGCUUCCCCUCAGCAUCAGCUCACACUCCAAGCAGGUGUGGGGAGCUCAGGAGCCCUCUCCUUGCUGGUGCUGGGAGCCAAGGGCUUCCAAGCCUCCUGUUCAAGGAAAUGCAAUGAAAAGUAAGGAGCAAAUGUUGAUAUUAGGAUCUGUAAGCACGGAAGCUGUAAAACAGUCAGGGAUGACAGUACUGAGCCAUCACACCCCACCCAAGCCUGUGCAGCCAAAGCCUUGUGGGCUCACAGGCUGCUCAAGCCCUGCCGCCUCCCAGAGCAGCUCCUUCCUUCAAAUUCACAGAUUCCAUCUCCUUGCUACCUGCCUGGAAACUCCCAUCCUGCCUGCUCAGCCAGGAGGGCAUUUUCAGGAGAUGCCUCAGUGGGGCUGACCUGAGUAACACUCACUCAGUGACUGCAGUGGGGCUCUGUCAGCUCUGUGUCAUUUGCUUUCCUGCUCUGUGCUGCUGGAAUGCAGCCCACUGUACUCAAGACACAAUAAAUGAGGGGUUCUAUGAUUGACCAAAUGCAUAUUUGUCUGCCAGCUAGUUUGUAAGUCAUGUCAUUGCUGUGACUCACUGAAUUUGCUGAUUUGUGAGCAGUGAAUUAAAGACAAAUGGCUGAACCAGUUGUGUGUGCAGCCCCCUUCAGGAGAGUGGUGCUUUCUGUGUGGAGCAGCUGAUGUGCUGCCACCAUUUCCAGUUUCCAGCUGCUGAGCUAGGUUUGACUGGUGCAGGUGUUCAUAACCCUUAGCAAGGACUGGCCCUUCAGGAACUCCUUCCUGCAUGGUUCAGCCACAGCAGCCUCAGGGGACAGCUUUGAGGAUAAGGACAGCUUGGCAUAGUGACAAAUUCCUCCAUCCAAAUAUGCCUGAAUUUGAGUCACCCCCAGCAGUUCAUGCUGCCUCAAAGGAAGGUGAUGGCUCUGUGUGUUGUGUCCUUCAGAAUUCUGUUCAGUAAGAAUUUCUCUGUGCCUUAUAAAUAUGUUGUUACUGUCAGCAUUUAUCUAGAUUUGUAACUAUAAACUUCCAAGAACUUAGGCACCCAAAUGUGUUAAUACAACUAAGUCACUGGAAUUUUCAUGGAAUCACGUUACUGCAUCUAAAUCAGAUGUAUAUCAGAUGUGUAUUUCAUUCCAUUGAACUUUGGUCCUUUGUGAAACCAUCUCAGAUGCUUAUGAGAUAUUUGCUUGCUGAUUAGCUUAAAUAAAUAAAUAAGUAAUAGGAAGAGAGAGGAAGAAGGGAAAAUGCAAUUCCAGAAAUGUGCCAGCAUCAGAAAAUACCCUUUUUCUUCCCUGUCUCUGUUACAAUAAUGAUAAUUUAGGUUUGAGAUAGUCAAUGUGCUAGCAGAAGUAAUUUAUAAGGAGUCUGAUAUCUCUGACUGAUACCACGUGAGAGUUCAUCAGUUAGAAUCUCAAAUCCUCCCCAGAAUUCGAUAAUUAGCUUAGGCAGACCUUGUAAGCCACAAGUUUAUCUCCUUUCAGUGACAUGGGCUGCUCUGUCACCGUGGCCACUCCUAAUGUGGUACCAAGGCUUUUCUAAAUAAAGGAAAAACCAGCAAAUAACAAACCUGUUGGAAUUGGUGUUAUCCUUUCUUUCAAAGAUGCAUUUGUAUGGUUUGUUUGACACUUUUGUUGUCUCUGUGAUUCCUGUGUGUAGCAAGCCAAGCUGUGAUCCCUGCUAAUUGUAUAGAAAUGUGCCUUUAUUCAGUACAAUGUAAUGCAGUAUUUUUAUUUAUGAUGCAUUUGUAUUCCUUCCCUUCACAUAUUGCAUAAACUGUCCUCUUCUUUAACAAGACCCAAGGGCUGAUGCAGAGAUGUUGGUUGCUGCUGUGAGAUGUUGCUUUGUUUCUUCCUGUAAUUCCAUCCUGACCUGGCAAUGCAGGCUCAGAGUUAUCAUUUCAUUUGACCUGUAAAUCAAUCUGUGUAACAUGCAAAGUAACCACGAAUGCAAAGGGAAUGAGAACAAAGUCAUUUGAAAAGCAUUUAAUGGGGCACGUUCCAAGGCUGUAUUUAUGUGUGCUUUAUUCCUUCCAUGAGGAAACUGAAAUAUGCAGAACUGUGACACAAAUACACAAAGAAACAGGAAAAAGGAAGGAUAGAGUGAGAAUAUUUAUGUAUGUUAAUGAAGAAUGGAGGGAUUUAAGAAGAACCUGAUCUCUUAGCUUUGCAGCAAGGAACAAGGAUCUGCAUCUUCCUUUCCCUUCUGGCCAGGACUUGGAGCAUGGCAUGGGUGAGUUGCUUUGCCUCUGUGAAUUACAGCUCUAACUUAGCAAGGAAUGUGAAGAAUGUUGUGUUAUCAUAACAGUUUGGUUCUUUGCAUUUGUUGUUGUUGUAUCAAUAUUGUGUUGGUAAACUUUCUUAAGGAUGACUUCAUGCCUUAGAAAUGUUUGAUAUGUACCAAUGUGUAGCAAUUGGUUAUAUGAAAAAUAUUCUGUUUCCCAAAUUCAUAUCCCAUGAUUAACCUUUAUGACUAAAAAUUCUAAGCACAGCUAGACAUAAUUAGAGGAGAGUUCUAUUCUUUUACUCUUCCAUUAACAAUUACCAUUGCAAGACCUGAUAUAAAUGCUUUUCAAAAUUUUCUGUCCUCUCUCACAUAAAGAGUGAAUAUCUUACUGUUGUCACUUCCCUUCUCUCAGCUCUCUGCUGUUCCAGACAUCCUUGUUAUGAGGGUGGUUGUUUUUGUAGUCACAGAGAGAUAAGUUCCCUUAGUCAGAAGUACUCACAGCCUGGACAGCUCUGCCCAGACCUCUGGGGCUGCAGAGGGACUCAGCACUCGGAGCUCACAGCUGAGGCACUGCCUCUGAUGGGCAUCUGCAUGUGAGCAAGUGCACCAGCAGGAGCUCAAACACAGCAAGCUUGGACAAUUCUACUCAUUUAGGGCUUAGAUGCAGAAAUUUUUAGUAAGUCAGCUGAAGAGAGGAUAUCUUUAGUAUGGCAGGUAUUUCAGCAAAACCCUGUCCUUGAGUAGGUUUAAGAGAGAGCUUCGUCUCUUCUGAUUUUCUGCUGUUCCUCUGCCUUUGGGCACUCCAGAACAUCCCAUCCUGCCUGUGACUCACAGCAAAUAUCCACUGUCAUCUUCACUCACACCUCUGCUGAGCUCCUCAUGCUCUGCUUACUCUGUCAAAGGCUCCUUUCUGCACAGGAUGCUCCACACCUGAAAACCAUUCUCCAGGUUACCCCACGGCUCCUGUUGUGUGGGCUGGGAGUGCAGAGCUGUGAAUUCACAGGACCUGGUCUCACACUUCUGCCUUCUGUUGUUUGAGCCCCCCUGGGGUGCAGCACCCAGCAGUGCUCAGAGCCAGCACAGGGAGCAGCUCUGCCUGCUGGGGACAGACGUUGUCUUGUCUGCCCUAUGCCAAAUGCUCCUUACUCAAUUCAGGCUUGGCUCUGGCAGCAUGUGAUUUGAAAUGCACUUGUGUAAGCACUCUGGGCUCCUCUAUAAAACACUGCAAUUACAUUUCAACAUCACUUUACAGUCUGGAUGUGAGUAACAUUUUGAUAAGCCAAACAAUAUUUCAGAAAUGUGGAUCUCCUCCAU